GCUCCGCCGCAUUCCCGGCCGUGUGUCAGCGGCUCGGGGAGAUGGCAGCACCGCCUCCUCACCCCUCCCAGGGUGGGGACAAGGCCACACCCAGUGUCCCCUCUGCCUUUCCCCGCCCCGGUCCCGCCCCUUCCGCGGCGGCCUUAGCGGCGGCGCCGGGCUCGGGGUGCAGAGCGGCGGUGACCGAGGGGCGGGGAUGACGGCGGUGACGGAGCGGGCCCGCGAUGGCAGCUGCCACUUCCAGCGCUCCCGGCUCAUCUGGAUGAUCGCCAUCGCCUUUGGAAUGAUUCUCCUCGGCUGGGUAACACUUUGGCCUUCAACUAUACCCUAUAGUUAUUUGGGAGUAUUUGGUACCUUCCUUAAUUAUUUAGUCAAAAACCACCACAAAUGGGUGUGCUAUGGGUUCUGGGUUUCCUGGUUGAUUCACGUAGUAGAAGCCUUCUAUGGUGUCAAGUUGUGCCAAUCCAAAGGCAUCACUGACCCAGCAGUUCAGUUUCACUGGUUCCUUCAGACACUUUUAUUUGGAUAUGCUUCCUUUGGUCUUCUGGUGUCUUACAAACCUUCAGUCAAGAAGCAGUAGGAGAAGACAGUGAAAGAAGUCACUUCUCACAUUCUUCAUCCCUAUUUUCCAGAAGAUAUCCUCACUUACAUGUCUGGGUGCUGUAAUUAGCUGAAUUACAUUCCUGCCACAUGAUGCAGGAGCCUUCUACUCAAGUAACUCUCCUUUUAACUAAAAAAGACAAGUGUAGUUCAUACUCAGUAGAAAAAUCAGCCCUUAAGUCUUGGCACUGCCAAAAUUUAAUCCCAUUUAUUCUGUAAGAAGCUAAAAUUUGAUCCCCUGAAGUUUUUGACAUGGGCUGGAUACUCUGAUAGUCCUUAAAGUCCCUGACAGCUGUUAGUAGCUGUUUAUAAAUCACCUUCUCAUGCAGAGGAAUAAUCUUUGGUAACAGGGUUAUUUACAGCCACAAAGCAGCUUGGUACCCAUUUUGGGAUUUAAAUUUAUCUGUAUUUUUUCUACAGGACUGGCUUUGUUGUUCUCAGAACCUGGUCUCUGUGCUUUUUUUGUCAACUUAUUUUCUUCCACAAAGGACAGAGAGCACUGUAUGGCUGCAGGCACAUUAAAAAGACCAAGUCUCAGUUCAGGUUGAGGUGCAGUGAUGAGUUUGGAUACAUGAAGCACUUUAACUUGGUUUAAUACACAUGAAUACACCUGAAUUUCCUGCAGCAUGAACUCAUCUUUUGAAUGGAGAUUUUAACCUUUGAUUUAGCAGAGUAGAAAUUAGUAAUCCUGGCAGCUUUCUCAAAAGGUUAUUUAUUAUCCAAGGGAAAAAAAAAA